CUCCCCGCCGGAAGCGGUGGGCGUGGCCGCGCUUGCGGAUGCGCCGGUGGCAGCGAGUGGGCGACGACGACAACGGAACCAGCGAUGUGGUUCAUGUACGCCCUGAGCUGGCUGGCGCUGCUCAUCCAGGCCGCCUUCGUCACCCUCGGCAUCGCGGCUGGACUGUACUACUUGGCGGAGUUGAUCGAAGAGUACACGGUAGCUACAAGCAGAAUUAUUAAAUACAUGAUAUGGUUCUCCACAGCGGUGCUGAUCGGGCUGUACCUCUUUGAGAACUUCCCGGGCCUUAUGGUUGGCGUGGGCCUCUUCACUAACCUGGUCUACUUCGGAUUGCUCCAGACCUUCCCUUUCAUCAUGCUCACCUCUCCGAAUUUCAUCCUGUCGUGUGUCCUGGUUGUGUUAAAUCACUACUUGGCGUUCCAGUAUUUUGCAGACGAGUAUUACCCAUUCUCAGAGGUUCUUGCCUACUUCACCUUCUGCCUGUGGCUCAUCCCCUUUGCCUUUUUCGUUUCCUUAUCCGCUGGGGAGAACGUGCUGCCCUCCACGGUGCAGACAGGAGACGACGUGGUAUCCAACUACUUCACAAAGGGGAAGAGGGGGAAACGCUCCGGCAUCCUCGUCAUCUUUUCGUUCAUCAAGGAAGCCAUCCUGCCCAGCCGCCAGAAGAUCUAUUGACGCCGCCGCCUUCUGUUCGUACCUGGAUACAUUUAUCCAGAUGGGACUUGAGGCCACGAGAGCCACCUCUCCUUGCCAUAAUUUGGAGCGAAUCUAUCGGGACGUGUGGGACAGGCAACCGCCAAUAUCGGCAGCCCAAAACUCGGGGAGGGUUGUUGCUGGGAACGCCCUUUUUUGCACAGUAGCGUAUGGAGGCGGCUGCGGUCGCGGCAAGGGGAGUGCCCUAGAAAACUUUGGGUCUUGCCUUUGCUGUCUGGAUGGGGCCCUCUGAGCUGUCGUUUUUUGUACCGAAAGCCAAACUGCUUCCUGAGCAAGGAGCAUCAGCCACGGACAGAUCUUUUCCCACCUUUUAAUGAAGUUGUUCCAAGGUUUUACCGGUGGGUGUCUCUAGGCGUCAGGUCAGGGCACACAAAACAUGGUCCCCAAGCGCUGCUCUAUAAGCCAUUGCCCACCGGACUUCCAAAACACAAUUCUUGUUAUAAAUACAACUCUGAAGUCACAGCAGAGAGACGGGCGGAGAUCUUGGCUUCUGCGCUUCUUUUACGUGACGUUUUUGGAGACAAACCUGUGUUCAACAUGUACAUCAAGGAACCCUGAGCAUUUAGAGAAGGAACUAUGACCCUCCUCUUCACUGUAGCUGCUGAGAAUCCCCGGGGCCCUUGUGGGGUAGUCCAAAGAGCAUUUACACGGGACUUCCUUGAUUUCCACUGUCCAGCAUUUGAGUUGAAAGUUUUUGAAAAACCCUGUUCAAAAGCGAAAGACAGCUGGCAUGUCCCACCCCUGGCGAGAUGUUGCUCCGUUGGAACCUGUAUCACAGACUGGAAAACACGCAGCACGCGUACCUGAAGAUACUGGGGCAGGAGGGAGGUUAAAUGGCUAUUUGUAAAGAUGUGAAGAGAGCUGCCAUUUUGGUUCCAGCGUCAAAUCGGCUUUCUGCGGUAUCACCGUGUCUGUUUGGGUUCCAGUGUCAAUCCCACCCUUUGGGGCAUCAUUCCCCCCCCCCCCCCCGAUGAUGUCUGAUGAUUCCUUCCUGCGGGGGGGGGGGGGGGUUGGGAGCUGAGGGCCUGGAGCAGCUCAAAGGCUGGGGACACUGCGAGCUCGAUUCUGGUGAUGCUCACAUUUCCCUUCCCUCUUAACCGGAUGGAAGUUUUGAUUUCUGUUUGAGCGCAGAACCUUUGUGUUAAUAAAGGCGUGAGAGGAAAGUUGUUUUCAAA